AGCUCAGCACGGCUCCAAUAGACACUUCCAUUCAGUCGUUUGUUGAGGCUACAGCAGCUUCACUAUCACUGUCAAGUACCCAAAGAGGACACUCCGAUUUACCUUUCCGUUCAUCGAAUUACAAUCAUUUCCUGAGCAGGAGGUGUUUGUGCUAAGUGCGAAGUGAAGAUAAUCUAUCUGCUUCCGUCGAUUCUCUGUGUUCGAAAAUCUUUAAGUUAUCCACGAAAAUGAUGAUGCGUUCAGCAUUCAUUGCAUUCGCAGUUUUGUUUGUUGGUGUUACGCUUAGUUUACCAUUAAAGAACAACGAAGUUGAGGAUUAUGUAAUGCGGCCCAAUGAUAUGUACCGAUUUGCUCCAUAUUCAGACGAAGAUCGAAGUCUCUACGUGGAACGAAGUUUAGAUUCAAUCGGAGGCGGAAAUUUGAUUCGAAGCGUCAACAUGAACGACUUAAGUGAUAAUUUGGUGCAUCCAAGACAACAUGUUCGACGGUCGGCAAUGCCUGAAGGAUUCGAUAAUGACUGGAACCUGGCUGCCGAAAGACGUAACUCAUAUCGAUAUGCAUGGCCCAAGUAUGGUUCAAUCCAUACGAAUUUCCGUCGGGCACUAGAUUCAAUUGGUGGAGGACACCUGUUGAAAAGGACAUUGGAUUCAAUUGGUGGAGCCAAUUUGAUAAGGAAGUAGAAAGGAUAUCCGUUCGAACAGGAACUAACACUAUGAUGUUGACAUGAGCGGUUGUGACAAUGAGGAAUAUCAUUUUAAAUAUAAGGGCAUCAUUAAAAAUAUAAAAAAAAAAUAUUUUGAGAUUUACACCAAUGAAGAGUCAGACUAGUUGUUCGUAUCGGUGCCAUAAUCAUCCUGAGGAUUUGUUUAAUUAUCAUCUAUUGUUCCAGAAUAUAUGGCUUUAUUUUAAAUAUAAUAUAACCACUAUUCUCUUACAAGGUAAAAUAAAUUCACUUAUAUCAUG